AUGGCGAAUCUGUACAGGGAGCAGGCUCAGCAAUCGACGUACAAGGAUGUGCGGUUCGAGGGCUCGCAGGAGGACUGGGACGCACUGCUCAACAAAUCGACGACCUUCUACGUCGGCAAUCUGUCAUUUUACACAACUGAGGAGCAAAUCUAUGCCCUCUUCUCAAAAUGUGGAGAAAUCAAGCGUAUCAUAAUGGGCCUAGAUCGCGUGUCGAAGACGCCUUGCGGUUUCUGCUUCGUAGAGUAUUAUGCGCGAGAGGACGCUGAGGCGUGUUACAAGUGGGUGAACGGCACUCGGCUCGACGACCGCACUAUCCGCGUGGACUGGGACAUUGGCUUCAAGGAGCUGCGCCAGUACGGUCGCGGCAAGUCUGGCGGACAGGUCCGUGACGAAUAUCGAACGGAUUACGAUCCGGGCAGAGGCGGCUAUGGCAAGCAAACCCAGAGAGAGGAAACGCGACAGUUGCAAACGCCUUUCCUCCACGCGACGACGGCCUACGAUCCCAACUCAUUGCCCGCGCAGUCUGAAUCGGGUGCUUCUCCCUACAAACCCAGAGACGACAAAGAUCGUGAGCCAGACCGAGGGACAAAGCGGCGAAGGUAUGAGGAAGAGGAAGAACCCAAGGGCCAGCCGCUCGUCAAGAGGGAGGAGAGGGAGGAGAAGAACCCCCGCUUCAGGGAAGAGGACAAAUCCGAUGAUGACGAUGAAGAAGAGAGGGAGAAGGAAAGGGACUAG